UCUUGUGGAGCCAUCUGGUGACAGCCUCCAGCUGAGCAUGGCCCUCCUGGCCCUGGGCCGGGACCCUUGGAGCCUCCUGGGCCUUUUCCUCUCCCAGCUGUUUCUGCCGCUGCCGCCGACUGCAGGGGCCAGUGGGCAGGAGCCCCUGCCCAGGAUCACAUACCGUGCAGGGGAGGGACGCAGGGCUCUCAGCCUCUUCCACCAGAAGGGCCUCCAGGAUUUCGACACUCUGCUCUUGAGUGGUGACGGAGGCACUCUCUAUGUGGGGGCUCGAGAGGCCAUUCUGGCCUUGGAUAUCCAGGACCCGGGGAUGCCAAAGCUGAAGAGCAUGAUACCCUGGCCAGCCAGUGACCGAAAAAAGAGUGAGUGCGCCUUUAAGAAGAAGAGCAAUGAGACCCAGUGCUUCAACUUUAUCCGUGUCCUGGUCUCUUUGAACGCCACCCACCUAUAUACCUGUGGCACCUUCGCCUUCAGCCCCGCUUGUACCUUCAUUGAACUCCAAGAUUCUUACCUGUUGCCCAUCUCCGAGGACAAGGUUGUGGAGGGGAAAGGCCAAAGCCCCUUUGACCCUGCCCAUAAGCACACGGCUGUCUUGGCAGAUGGGAUGCUCUAUUCUGGCACCAUGAACAACUUCCUGGGCAGCGAGCCCAUCCUGAUCCGCACGCUGGGACCCCAGCCCGUCCUCAAGACCGACAAUUUCCUCCGCUGGCUGCAGCCGGACGCCUCCUUCGUGGCAGCCAUCCCUUCGACCCAUUUCGUCUACUUCUUCUUCGAGGAGACAGCCAGCGAGUUCGAGUUCUUCGAGAAGCUCCACACGUCCCGGGUGGCCAGAGUCUGCAAGAACGACGUGGGCGGGGACAAGCUGCUGCAGAAGAAAUGGACCACCUUCUUGAAGGCCCAGCUGCUAUGCUCGCAGCCCGGGCAGCUGCCCUUCAACGUCAUCCGCCAUGCCGUCCUGCUGCCCGCCGCUGCCUCCGCCGAGCCCCGCGUCUAUGCGGCCUUCAGCUCUCAGUGGCAGAUCGGUGGGACCAGGAGCUCUGCUGUCUGUGCCUUCUCUCUCAAGGACAUCAAGCGUGUCUUUGAGGGCAAGUACAAGGAGUUGAACAAAGAGACUUCACGCUGGACUACUUAUGGGGUCCCCGAGAUCAGUCCCCGACCAGGCAGCGUGAGUACGGGCCCCUCCUCUGACAAAGCCUUGACCUUCAUGAAGGACCAUUUCCUGAUGGAUGAGCAGGUGGUGGGGACACCCCUGCUGGUGAAGUCUGGUGUGGAGUACAUGAGGCUUGCGGUGGAGACAGCCCAGGGCGUGGAUGGGCAGAGCCAUCUGGUCCUCUACCUGGGCACCGCCACAGGCGCCCUCCACAAGGCUGUGGUCAGUGGGGACGGCAGUGCUCAUCUGGUGGAGGAGAUCCAGCUGUUCCCUGACCCCGAACCUGUCCGCAACCUGCUGCUGGCCCCUGAACAGGGCGCAGUGUUUGCGGGCUUCUCAGGGGGCAUCUGGAGGGUUCCCCGAGCCAACUGCAGCGUCUAUGGGAGCUGUGUGGACUGUGUCCUGGCCCGGGACCCCCACUGUGCCUGGGACCCCGAGUCCGGAACCUGCCGUCUCCUGCCCACCCCCAUCCCGAAGUCCUGGAGACAGGACACGGAACAGGGGAAUCCAGGGUGGGCAUGCGCCACUGGCCCCGUGGGCAGGAGCCUCCAUCCUCAAAGCCGCCCCCAAAUCAUUAAGGAAGUCCUGGCUGCCCCCAACUCCAUCCUGGAGCUCCCCUGCCCCCACCUCUCGGCCCUGGCCUCCUACCACUGGAGUCGGGGCGCGGCCAAGCUCCCAGAAGCCUCUUCGGCGGUCUUCAACGGCUCCCUGGUGCUGCUGCUGCAGGGGGGGGUGGGGGGUCUGUACCAGUGCUGGGCCAUGGAGAAUGGCUUCUCGUACCCUGUGGUGUCCUACUGGGUGCACAGCCAGGAUCAGCCCCUGGCCCUGGACCCCGAGCUGGGGGGCAUUCCCCGGGAGCGUGUGGAGGCCCCACUGACCAGGGUUGGUGGCGGGGCCGCCCCGGCUGCCCAGCGGUCCUACUGGCCCCACUUCCUCACAGUCACUGUGCUCCUGGCCUUAGUGCUUUCAGGAGCCCUCCUCAUCCUCCUCGCCUCCCCAGUGGGGGCUCUCCGAGCCCGGGGCAAGGUGCAGGGCUGCGGGACCCUGCCCCCGGGGGAGAAGGCCCCCCUGAGCCGGGAGCAGCACCUCCAACUUCCCAAGGAACGCAGGCCGUCUGCCAGCGAUGUGGACGCUGACAACAACCACCUGGGCACCGAGGUGGUGUAGACUCUGGGCGCAGGCUGCCGCCGCGUCGAGUUGGGCAGGCGCCCGCCGCGCUGCUGGGGGACCUGGGGCAGCGCAGCCCUGAGGGCGGGGGGGGGACACAGAACACCACCUUCCCACCUUGUCACUGGUGGCCCUCAGCAGGGCUGGACCCAGCAGCCUGACCCCCCGUGGGCCUCCCCUCCACCGCGCACAUGGGCCCUCCAACAGGCCAUCCCAGGCCUGGACCAAACAGGAAGACCUAGAGUGGAUCCCUCCAGAAACAUACUGCUCCAGGAGCCCUAAAACACGAGACUGCUCCAGGCCCCUGUGGUAACGAAGCCCAAGGUAUACACCAGUGGGCACGCCGCUGCCCGCCGUCCCUGGACACCCCCCCCCCGCCGGGGGCAGCAGCCACCCCCACGGACACCAAGGCUCCACUGUCCCAGGGCCCUGCAGGGAGCUGCCCCGUCCUGCCCCCUUGUCCGCUGAGCACCGCUGACUCCCGGCAAGUGACCACCUUCCUUCUUGUUUCAGUUGGGGCAGACUGUGACCCCUGCUGUGCUGGAGGAACAGGGGUAAUCUGAGCCUUGUUCCCGCCUCUCCUCUGGCUGACCUCUUCAGCCCCCUCCUCUCCCCUUUCCUUUAUUUUGGGAUUCAGAAGACCGCUUGUCACAGACAGUUUAUUUUUUAUUAAAAAGACAAAGCUCACGACUGGUGCGGUUUCUGUGGGAGCCGAAUGCUGCAGCAGAGGACCGCGGGGCGGAGGGCCUCAGCGGGGAGGAGCUCCAGGUUUGUGGGGCCCAGCUGCCUCCAAGGGCAAACCACCUGCCCUGCCACCUGCCCGCCCAGAACCAAGCCCGCAGUGCUUUCCUCAUCCAUCGCCGCUCCCCGCAGCUGCUGGCCCCACGGUCCCCGCUCCCCUCUUGGUGGACUGAAUUUACGGAGCAACCAGACUGUACAGCCACCCCCAGCCUGGCCACCCCCUUCCCCCCGAUCUGAUGAUCUGACGAGCUGCGCUCUGUGCACACCCCUGUGUGGAGGCUUCCCAGAGGCUCCUCUCCGCAGAGACCCCAGCAUUGCCCUCACCCUACCAUCCCCCUCUCCCACCAGCCCCUGCGCUGGGUGUUCUCUGCAGGGUCCAAAGAAAGGAUAACGCUGCACCCCGCCCCCCCCCACUGGCUCUCUUUCCCCGUUCUUACCAACACCCAGAGGGGGUCCUUUCUGGCUGCCUGCCCAUGGCUCCCCCAGAGAGGCCCUCGCCCCCUUGGAUGCCCUGUGCUCUGGCUUUCUCCCCUACCUCUCUGCAAAAACGACUCUCUGAAGCUACCCAUAAGCCCCACCGGGCCUUGAUCUCUGUGCCACCUUCACACUUGGCCACUGUAUCCCCAUAACUCUCUUUCUCUGGGGCUUCUUCUUUUUAAAAAAUGUUUUUAUUUUUAACAUGGCACAAAGCAAACAAUGUGUACUUCAUGUAAGUGGAAUCACACAGUAUUUGGCCUUUGGCAACUGGCUUUUUUCACUCCUGUAACAUCCUCAAGGUUCAUCCAUGUUGGCGGACUUCCUUCCUUGUUGGGGGCUGAACACUCUGCCGUUGUAGGUACGUUCUGCAGCUUCUUCACCUGUUCACAU